UGGCCAUGGCAACGGGACCCUUAGCUAAGCAGCAGGUGCUGCUAGCCCCCCCUGAUCUCCGCUAACGCCGGUUUACCGCCCGUCGGAGGCCACGUUUCUCCGUCUAAAGCGGCUGAGUGAGGAUGGAGAGCUUCAGGCUUGUCUCGGGGAUAAAAACCGCCCCAGAAGCAGCGGGGUGUGUGUUCCCCAGAGCGGGAAACGACGCCCCUGUUAGCGGCGACCCCAGAGUCCUGGUCAACCUGAAGGCCCUGGAGGAGACCGGCCGGGUGUCGCUCUCCUCCUUCGGGAAGGUCCAGACGGACGUCCAGCCUCACAUGAGGGGGGUUCUCACGGUGUGGAUGUUCAAGGUGUGUGAGGAGCAGCGGUGUGAGGAGGAGGUGUUCCCGCAGGCUGUUCUCUACCUGGACUCCUACCUGAGCCGUUUCCCCGUUGAGAGGUCCAAGCUGCAGCUUCUAGGGGUGGUCUGCCUGCUCCUGGCCUCCAAAAUGAGAGAAAUGGUCCCCCUGACGGCAGACAAGCUUUCCAUCUACACGGACAACUCGGUUUCAGUCUCAGCCAUCCUGCAGUGGGAGGUGGCGGUGGUGUCCAGGUUAGACUGGUGUCUGGCCUCGGUGGUCCCCUCUGACUUCCUGGAGCCAAUUCUCCACGCUCUUCUCCCUUUCGUCCGGGCCCCUCACCUCCAGCACAUCCGCCAACACGUUCUCUGCUACAUCGCCGUGGCUACAAUGGACUGCAGGUUUUUAGCCUUCCUGCCCUCUACUCUUACAUGUGCCUGUGUCCACGUUGCCCUGCAGAGGCUAAAGAUGGUGGACAGCCACGACUCAUCAGACUCAGUUAUCAAGCUGUUGGCCGACCUGCUGGCUGCUGAUGUGAGCACUAUCCUCUGCUGCUGCGAGCUGCUGGGAAACGUGUUGGAGCUCCAUGUGCCCUCCUGGUUCCAGGAUGGAGCUGGCAGGAAAGACGCACACAGUUCAGGGAUCAGCAACACCCCUGCAGACAUCCAGGAUCUUACAGCGUCUCAGGAAAUUAAGCUCAAACAUUCCUCCCCGCUAUGAACUAUUAAGAUGAUUGAAACUACAACCAAGAGACCAAAUUCAGAAAGCAGCGCAACUUAAACCCAUCUGUGCCUCAACUUCUAAAUCUAGUAUUGUCAGUAUUCUGAAUUUUGAAAAUCUGAAUUCAUAUGGUUAAAUAAAUCUGUUCUAAAAACUCAGAUUAAACUUCCUGAGCUAUCAUCCACGCUUGUGAUACUAAGCUGCGCUUCAAGCUUGACAGCAAUGUUUGUGUACUUUCUACUGUCAAAUGUUUGAGUUUCUUUUUACCUCAUCUUCAGUGUUGAUAAGUUGAAAAUGAUGUUCCUGCAGGAUUUCAACAACUAUGCUUAAAAUGAGUCCAAUUAAAAAAAAAAAAAAAAACA